UGGGCCGCGGCUGGGGCCAUGUCCGCGCCGCCGCCCCUGCAGAUCCGAGAGGCGAACGCACACCUGGCUGCCGUGCACCGGCGGGCGGCGGAGCUGGAGGCGCGGCUGGACGCGGCCGAGGGUACCGUGCGCGCCCAAGCCGAGCGCCUGGCCCGUCACGACCAGCAGCUGCGCGCCGCCCUGGAGGAACUGAGCUGCGCCAAGGACCGUGAGAUUGCCGCACUCCAGGAGCAGCUGCUGACCACGGAGGCCACUGUCCAUAGCCUGCAGGCUGCUGUGCAUCAGAGGGACGAGCUCAUCGGGCAGCUGCAGCCCCGGGCCAAGCUGCUGCAGGACAUCUGUCGCCGCCGGUCACCCCUGGCUGGGCUGCUGGCCGCCCUGGCCGAGGCUGAGCGCCUGGGGCCUCUGCCAACCAGCGACCCACUCCCUGACCAGCCCAGCCCACCCCUUGUCAACAACACUGGGGAGGAGGGAGACAGGCAUCAUCUCCAGCCUGCAGUGUUUGGGACCACUGUGUGAGCCCAGGUGUGCAGAUUCUAGAAUUGAGACAGAAGGCCCCAAUGGGAAUUUUUCCCACUGUUGUGGGUGUUCUUGGGGGCCGACAGUGUCCUAAAGGAGACCCCUGGGCAGAACCAUAAUCCUGUCCAAGCAUUAGAACCCACUAAAGACAUAGGUUUCAAAUGGGUAGCCCAGCAGGCGGGUACAGAUGUCAAGCUAGAUAGAUCUUUGAACCAAUCACUUUGGUUGAAAAAUUGUCAGCACUUACACAUUUCUGGGUUUCUUGCUUCAGAUUUGUUGAUGCUUGUCUGGAUCUGAGCCCGGGAGACCCUCUUCGGGUCCCCCUCGCCCUUUAGGUCAUAUGGCCCAGUGCAUCUGGUUUAAGACCUCUGUCUGGGGAAGGCAGGUAGCAUAAAUGUGCCCUCUUACCUUGAUUCUUGUUUCUCCUAAAUCAACCCCAUUCCAAGGCUAAAGCUUUUUUUACUUUUCACCCCCGAUCAGAAUUUGGAGUCUCAAGGAUUGUUUUUCUCCGUCAUUCAUAUGAAUGAUACGUUUGCAAUCAGAUUUCCCCCACCCCAAAUUUAGCCCAGAAGGAAGAGUAUGUGGGGUGUGCGGAGAUGGCAGCAGCAGGGCGCCCCUCAGCCUUUCCAUGACCAUGGCCUGGCUUCGGGCCUGCAUGCUGGCUUUACCUCUGGGUGUCACAUGACCGGUUCCUUGUCACUCAGGUUCCUGCUCAAAUGUCACUGCCUUAGGUGAAGUAACCACCUUACUUGAAGGAAUUCCUCUGCCCACCUUCCACCACGACUCCAUUUUCUAUUUUUUUCUGGAACUUCUUACCAUGAAAGUGUCAGUUCCAUUAGGACAGGUUUUUGUCUGUCUUGUUUUCUGUCACCAGCACCUGGUUCACCUGGGGAACGGACCCUGGUACGGAAAGACUUGGAUGGCUUGGCCCUCAGGGAGCCAGGAGUCCCAGGGCACCUGAGGAGGCCCCCUAGGCCAGUCCGGCUUUUGUAGCAACAAGCUCCUUUUUUAUAUUCUCCAGAGAAUCUAUUUUUAAAACUUCCUUUCUUCCAGUUGCCCUUCUUAGCCCAAGCUUGACAUUCAGGGCACUUUGCUUUUUAUCAAACCAUGGAUCCUUGUGCCCCAUUCUGCCCAGCCUGGUGCCAUGGCAACUGUUGCCCGGCCUCCGUACUCAGGGAAUUGUCACACGAGGAACCACGGAGAGGGGGAAGGGCCCAUUCCAGCCAGAAAGGUCGGCGUCCAGCCCCAGCCCUCGGGACGGUGCUGCCUGCCCGCCCUCCAUCUAACAGUGACCCCUCAGUGUAGUAACAAUGGCCCAUUUUCUUCUCUGGAAGAAUAAGGGGGGCUUGUUUGUAUAAGGGGAAGGCAGGUUGGGGCCUGUCUGUGCUCUGUGCUCAAGAAUAAACCAGAUGAUUCUU